AUGUUGAGGCAAUUUGCCGCGGCGGUAAAACUGCCCUCACGAGCGGUCUACCAGGUCCCCCACGCUUGUUUAUCCGUCUCACAAGUUCGAUAUGCCUCUCAGGCUGCAGUAGACGAUCCAGAGAUGAACAACAACUAUUACAACCCGCCAGGUCAGAAACGCCAAUUCCGCGACCCAUACGGCGACUGGUGGGAUAAGCAGGACCGAAGAAACUUUGGAGAGCCUGUUCAUGAAGACAACGAUAUUCUGACUAUACUUUCCACGGAAACAUAUACGCAUUUUAAACCAGGGAAAGGUUUAUUCUUGUUGGGAUGCGCCGCUGGUUCCGUUCUCCUCUUCAGCGGAAUUAUCAGCCUUUGCUACUCCGACAAACCCAGUGCCCCUCGCACAUUCCCGGAUGGGCUGGAAAGGGAGCUUGGAGGGCCUAGCACUGUCCGGGCUCGGAGACCGGAAGAGGACAAGUGGUGA